UCCCCAGGAAUGCCUGUGUGGCCUCCCAGCGCCCUGCCAAGUGCUGUCCCAGGGCGCUGCUUGGCACGCAGCCUCUGAUAAAUACCCUCCUCCCCCGGCUCCCGGCGUGCCCGGAGAUGAACAGCAGACUUUUUGUUCCACUCUAAUUUUGAGGCAAAACCCAAAUGCCCGUCACAAAGCCCCGUUUUCCCUGCGGCUCCCCUGCCUCCAAGCUAGAGGUAUCACAUUUUUGGGUGCGUCAUUUUGGGGUGGUUUCACAAGAUGAGCCGAUAGGGCUCCCAGGCCGCCGGAGUUACGUAACCCGUUGGGCUUCCAGGGCAGCUCACAGUCUCAGGAUUUGCCCUAACAGGCACUCUCAGAGAACCGCUGAGGAAGGCAGGCCAGGGUGGCUGCGCCCAGGCGGGGUUCCCAUGGAGGGCCUCUUCUUUCCCUGAGUUGCGUUUGGAGUGUACGUCUGCACAUGGCAUUGGUUUUUCAAUCCGGGCAGCCCGCGAGGGCCCAGGCUCUGCCAGGACUCGGCCGAGGCAAGCUCACUGGGACAAACUCGUGCGAUGUGUGCAACAGCACCGAUCUUCCGGAAGUCGAGAUCAUUAGCCUGCUGGAGGAGCAGCUGCCCCAUUAUAAGUUAAGAGCCGACACCAUCUACGGUUAUGACCACGACGACUGGCUCCACACACCUCUUAUUUCUCCAGAUGCCAACAUCGACCUCACAACCGAGCAAAUUGAAGAGACGCUGAAAUACUUCCUUUUAUGCGCUGAAAGAGUUGGCCAGAUGACUAAGACAUAUAAUGACAUAGACGCUGUUACUCGGCUUCUUGAGGAGAAAGAGCGGGAUUUAGAAUUGGCUGCUCGGAUCGGCCAGUCAUUGCUGAAGAAGAACAAGACACUAACGGAGAGGAACGAGCUGCUGGAGGAGCAAGUGGAACACAUCAGGGAGGAGGUGUCUCAGCUCCGGCACGAGCUGUCCAUGAAAGAUGAGCUGCUGCAGUUCUAUGCCAGCGCCGCAGAGGAGAGCGAGCCCGAGUCUGUCUGCUCAACCCCGUUGAAGAGGAAUGAGUCGUCGUCUUCAGUCCAGAAUUAUUUUCACUUGGAUUCUCUUCAGAAGAAGCUGAAAGACCUUGAAGAGGAGAACGUGGUACUUCGAUCCGAGGCCUGCCAGCUGAAGACCGAGACCAUCACCUAUGAGGAGAAGGAGCAGCAGCUGGUCAACGACUGCGUGAAGGAGCUGCGAGAUGCCAACGUCCAAAUUGCUAGUAUCUCAGAGGAAUUGGCCAAGAAGACUGAAGAUGCUGCCCGACAGCAAGAGGAGAUCACACACCUGCUGUCACAGAUCGUUGAUUUGCAGAAAAAGGCAAAAGCUUGCGCGGUGGAAAACGAAGAACUCGUCCAGCACCUGGGGGCCGCCAAGGAUGCCCAGCGGCAGCUCACGGCCGAACUGCGUGAGCUGGAGGACAAAUACGCAGAGUGCAUGGAGAUGCUUCACGAGGCGCAGGAGGAGCUGAAGAACCUCCGGAACAAAACCAUGCCCAACACCACCUCCCGGCGCUACCAUUCGCUGGGCCUGUUUCCCAUGGACUCCUUGGCAGCAGAGAUCGAGGGAACGAUGCGCAAGGAGCUGCAGCUGGAAGAGCCUGAGUCUCCCGACAUCACUCACCAGAAGCGUGUCUUUGAGACCGUGAGAAACAUCAACCAGGUGGUCAAGCAGAGGUCUCUGACCCCUUCCCCCAUGAACAUCCCUGGCUCCAACCAGUCCUCUGCCAUGAACUCCCUCCUGUCCAGCUGUGUCAGCACACCCCGGUCCAGCUUCUACGGCAGUGAUGUCGGCAACGUUGUCCUUGACAACAAGACCAACAGCAUCAUCCUGGAAACAGAGGCAGCAGAUCUGGGAAGCGACGAGCGGAGCAAGAAGCCGGGGACGCCGGGCACCCCGGGCUCCCACGACCUGGAGACGGCGCUGCGGCGGUUGUCCCUCCGCCGGGAGAACUACCUCUCGGAGAGGCGGUUCUUCGAGGAGGAGCAGGAGCGGAAGCUGCGCGAGCUGGCGGAGAAGGGCGAGCUGCGCAGCGGCUCCCUCACGCCGACCGAGAGCAUCAUGUCGCUGGGCACGCACUCGCGCUUCUCCGAGUUCACCGGCUUCUCCGGCAUGUCCUUCAGCAGCCGCUCCUACCUGCCCGAGAAGCUGCAGAUCGUGAAGCCGCUGGAAGGUUCUGCCACCCUUCACCACUGGCAGCAGUUGGCCCAGCCUCACCUUGGGGGCAUCCUGGACCCCCGGCCUGGUGUGGUCACCAAGGGCUUCCGGACACUGGACGUAGACUUGGACGAAGUAUACUGCCUUAACGACUUUGAAGAAGAUGACACAGGUGACCACAUUUCUCUCCCGGGCCUAGCUACCUCCACGGCAGUUCAGCACCCAGAGACCUCAGGUGAGAGGUCCCGAGCACACGUGACUGUCUCAGGCAGCAGAAGUUGCCGAAGCCGGCCUCAGGCUUCCCCAGAGGAGAUGCAGGAGCCGCCAGCGGCCGCGGAGGAGGAGGAGGAGGAGGAGGGGUCUGCGCACCACCCUGGGAAGUGCAUGUCACAGACCAACUCCACCUUCACCUUCACCACCUGCCGCAUCCUGCAUCCUUCAGAUGAGCUCACGCGGGUCACACCAAGCCUUAACUCAGCCCCAACUCCAGCUUGUGGCAGCGCCAGCCACUUGAAAUCCACGCCAGUGGCCACACCAUGCACUCCACGGAGACUGAGCCUGGCCGAAUCCUUCACUAACGUCCGUGAGUCCACGACCACCAUGAGCACAUCGCUGGGGCUGGUGUGGCUGUUGAAGGAGCGGGGCAUUUCCGCGGCCGUCUAUGACCCGCAGAGCUGGGACAGGGCCGGCCGGGGCUCCCUCCUGCACUCCUACACUCCCAGGAUGGCUGUGAUCCCCUCCACCCCGCCCAACUCGCCUAUGCAGACGCCCACGUCCUCCCCGCCCUCCUUCGAGUUCAAGUGCACAAGCCCUCCCUACGACAACUUCCUGGCUUCCAAGCCGGCCAGCUCCAUCCUAAGGGAGGUGAGGGAAAAGAAGAGCGUGCGCAGCAGUGAGAGCCAGACAGACGUGUCCGUGUCCAACCUCAACCUCGUGGACAAAGUCCGGAGGUUUGGGGUGGCCAGAGUGGUGAACUCAGGGCGAGCCCAUGUCCCCACCUUGACUGAGGAGCCAGGACCUCUCCUCUGUGGGCCCCCAGGGCCUGCACAAGCCCUUGUCCCUGGAGGCCUGGUACCCGAGGGCCUGCCUCUCGGAUGCCCCACGGUCACCAGUGCCAUCGGCGGGCUGCAGCUCAGCAGUGGCAUCCGGCGGAAUCGCAGCUUCCCCACCAUGGUGGGGUCCAGCAUGCAGAUGAAGGCCCCCGUGACUCUCACCUCGGGCAUCUUGAUGGGUGCUAAGCUCCCCAAACAAACUAGCUUACGGUGAGGAUGGGAGGGGCGCCGUCGCCCUGGAGGAGACCAACACGCUCCCUGUCGUGUGCCCCAACCUCCCUCUCGUGCCCCUGCAGUGCACUCUCCUCCCUCUUCCUUUCUCCGUCCCUCCCCUCCCGAACUACACAAACCAACCUCGUGCCUAACGGAGGAGGAGUGGAAACUCUGUCACACGUGUACAUACAUAGGACCUGGAGAACCUCCUACCUGCCCUGCUCUUUCUUCACAUCCCACAGGAAGUGCCCCUGUGCUGUCAUCACUCUCAUGAGGACUUCACCCCUGCCCACCCGGGAGAAGGUGGUGUCCUUUUCUUCUUUCCUUUUGAGAAGAAGCACUAAACUCCCAAGUGUGUUCUUAUCCCAUGGAUAGGACACCGGUGACUUCUGCGGCUGACCUCCUGUGUCGCACACUAUGAGCUGUCACGGCUCGGGGCUUGACACACCUGGGUGUCGUCGGACACCUGGCCUCGCCCGCCCCUCGAGAGCGUAAGGAGCCUCCGUCCUCGGCCACGUGCAGCUGAUGUAGCAGCGCUCACAGUCGGAGAGCUUUUCUGUCUUUCACGGGUGGCCCAGCUUCUUCAAGACCUUCACUCCUCUGCCUCAGCGGACAGUCGUUUCUUUUUUGACGCGUGACCUUUUCUUUCCAUGCCUUCCACUUGAAGUCAUCCCGUGUUUUGUAAUCAGCUGUCAGGCCAGACGUCUGACCCGAAAGAGAAUGUAUUUAUCCCCCGCCCCCCGCUGCGUCGUUCAGCAAGCCCCUCUGUGUUCCGCGUGAUCUGUUUUAUUUUUCCGGUUUUUUUUAUAUGCAGGGAAGUAAUGGUACCGGUAGUGUGCGUUCUCUGUGUGGUUCUAUGACACCAAAAUGCAAAUCUCAAACACACUAAGCCGCUAAUGAGAGACCAGGCUUAUUUCUGGGACCCAGUGUCACAACCAAAUUGACGUAAGACCAGACCCAAGAUGACGUUAACAAUAGGAUCGAGAGGAAAGAGGUUAGGGAAGAAGCUUCUUAAAGAACUGUGUCGGCACUAAAAGUAAAGGGAAAGAACCACAACCGAAGGUCAUUCCAGACAGGUUCAAGGGAGAAAGGAGACCAUGGCACCCUGCUUGCUCCAGGCCUUGCUCUGGAGCUCGAGGCUGGCCAGGGCGCUUCCACUGCACCGUCUUCUGUGGCGGCCAGUCAAGGCCCACGUGUUUUCCCCUCUUGUUUCAGAACAGUGAAUGGUCGCGACAAAAUAUUCUCUCUCCCCCAGAGCCUUUUUGUCUCCUUGUGCCACUUUUUAUCCUUAGGAGAAGAUAGAGGUGCUUUUGAAAAGAACCACAAACAAACAAGGGAGCCUGGUCCUGUUGCCGUCGCCGGUUAAGUUUAAAACUUUUAUUUAUUAUUUGUGUGUGCCGUAUUUUAAACAGAUAUCCUCUCUCCUUCCAGCUCCAGACUGAGUGUGUCUGUGGCAUUCCAGUCCAAGCAGUUUAUUUAUUUGUUCUGAGGACCGCACUUUACAUCAUGGUGUUCCAUGACCACUUGUUCCAGACAUUUAUGGAAGGAAAACAUCCCGUGUAAAUGAAAUUGUCAUUCUGUGUCCUCCCCCUUCCCCCCGCCCCCCCGGCAGAUAUGUCCUUCAGUUAAGUGAGGGUAACCUUAUGUCCACUGAGGACACUUUGAGAAAGUCCCCAGGGAGCAAGCUUCAGUCUUGUGAUUUCAGACUAUUUAUUCUCUGAACACAAGAGCGUUGGUUAAUUAUGAUCUCAGUUCUCGCUGUCGUACAUGUGCACUCACUGCAAGUAACUUAUGUCUUUUUAUUUGAAUGUACUUUAAAGCAGUAGGUAGAAUAACAAAGGAAUAGGAAAACUAUGGACUGAACUGACCACUUUAUGUAUUCAGAGAGAGAAGCCACCCAUCAUCACCAAAAAUACCGUGUAAAAAUUGGCAAUUUGGAAGUUGCAGUAUUUAGUAUAGUAAAUAAAUGAUCAACAUUGUGCAACCACUACCAAAAGUGUGUUGUAAUGCAUCAAAAAUCAACAAUAAAAUUUUAUUCGCUAAUUGAGUAUCAAUAAAAUAAGUUCAAAUGAUGGAAACCACACUGGUAUGCUGAUUUUUAUUUUCUUUUUAUAUUUUCAUCAAGAAGAUGAUCUCAUUAUGUAAGGUUUGAAGAUGUUUAGCUCUUUGGGGAAAUUAAAUGAAAAGCAUAUACUU